AGACGUUUGAGUGACAUGAGCCGCAGCCUAUCAGAGACGGGCAGUGACUAAUCAUGCUUUGUGUUGUAAGCAAGUGUCUGUCUCAGAAUCGCUAACGAAAUCGAAUAAUUCACUCAGGCUGCCGCUUCAGAAUGAAGACCUUAGUAGUGUUCGACUUUGACCACACUAUAGUGGAUGACAACAGCGACACAUGGGUGAUCCGCUCCACUCCCGACCAGACGUUACCGGCCUGGCUGGAGAAGUCCUACGAAAGAGGCCGCUGGACCGAGUAUAUGGGUCGAGUCUUGACCUACAUCGGAGACCAGUCCGUCAGCCCGGACCACAUGCGCGCGGUCAUGGAGAGCAUCCCGUUCACCGAAGGCAUGAUCGAGCUCCUGACCUUCAUAUCUGAGAAUAAGAACGACAUUGACUGUAUUAUAAUCUCCGAUUCUAAUACUGUCUUCAUAGACUGGGUUUUGCAUGCAUCGGGGUUGAAGUCCGCUAUAGAUGACGUUUUUACUAACCCUGCAAACAUAGAUGCACGCGGCUAUAUGAGUGUGCGCUGCUUUCACGCGCACGACUGUACGCAGUGUCCUAUAAACCUGUGCAAGAGGAGGGUGCUGCAUGAUUUCAGAGAGAAUCAAGCUAAAGCUGAUGUGCAUUAUGAGAGGAUUUGCUAUAUAGGAGAUGGAGGAAAUGACUUUUGCCCCAUUAAAGAAUUGAGAGAAGGGGAUAUUGCAAUGCCUAGGAAAGGAUUCACACUAGAGAAACUGUUGUGCAAAGCCAUUUCAGAGGGUCCAGAAGCAUUCAGAGCGAAAAUCAUACCCUGGACUAGUGGCAAUGAAAUCCUCCAGGAAUUGCGAGCUCUAAUUGAGUGAUGCAGUAUUAUAGGCGAUAGUAUCUUACUGAACCAAUAGAUAGAAUAUCAAGAUGUUUAUUCUGCAGUAAAUGCAUAUAGAUAAUUUACACACACAUACAAAAUUCCUUACUUUACUUGAUAAAUUCAUUUGGGCAUAGUGUAAUAUUUGUCAUAAUUGAGUUUAUGUGUACAUUUUACAAUUUUUAUUUUACUUGUUAAUUUACAUUUAAGUGUUUAUGACAGUAAAUGCAAUUUGCCUUGGAGAUUUAAAUCAUAAAAUAAGCUCACUGUUAGGAAUUAACAGAUAUUUAACAGUCUGAGGUGCUUAACAUUUAAUCCAUUGAGGUUUGCUGUAGAACAUUAAAAUGAACAAAUGUAAAUGUUUUAACAUGCUGGCUAAAUAUUUAUUUGCACGAUAGAAAUUUCCCUUUAAUAUAACUAUCUAUUAAUACUAUACCAAUGAAUGCCAUUAUUGUAUAUGUUGUAUUAAUGAAUGCAGCCUGGCUGUGACGAAAGCCUUUAACAUUGCAGUUUGGUGCUACUAUAAAAUUAAAAUAGUCUAAUAUUCCCAUGCAGAAGAUAUAAUACGAACCAGAUUAUUAUUAUUGGAAGCCGUAAUCUGCUUUAUAGUACCAUAUUUCUAUAUAUACAGUGAACCCAAAAGUCUGAGACCACUAGCAGAGCUGUAGUUAUGAAUUCUGGAAAUAUUAAAACUAUUUUAAAAUAUUAAAACUAUUUCCAUAAGCUAGACACAACGUUUGGAUUUUGAAAAUGGUAUAUACAUUUUACAGCACUUAUUAUUAUUAUUAUUGAAAUGCUUAAACUAUUUAUUUCCAGAUUUUCAGUGUGUUCUCAGACUUUCGGACCCCAUUUUUUCUGGACAUCAGUGGUGUUUAAAAGCCACCGGGUCAUAGUAACUCAUUCUGACAUCAUGUAAGGUGUCAGGUUUGCUGCUCUUGAUUUAGAUCAACAGUGCUGUUAAUGUUUCUUCUUGAAUGAGCCUGAAUUUUUUAUCUGUAUUGGAAAUGCAGCCUGAUUCAGUGUUGUAUUCGAAGCAAACAGAUGAAUGGAGAACAUGGACUUUAGUAUUGGUUUAUAUGACCAAAGAAGCUUGCAUCCAUCAGAACAAAUUAUUUUAUAUGGCUCAAUCAUUGCCGUAUUCAACUAAGACCUUGUUCCUGUUAAUAUUUACAACAAAUCUUGUGUCCUUUGUAUUUGUGACACACGGGUCAUGCACAUGUUUAGUGUCCUAUUAAAAAAGAAUAAUAUUACCAGUCUAA